UGGCAUAGUUAUGAACAAGCACAUUUGAGUCGUCACUAAUUUAUUCUGCAUAGUCGUCGGUAAAAAUUCUACGAAUUCUAACAUCACAAAAGGAAACAAUUCAAUUACAGGAAAUACGAGAAAGCUGCACUAAAGCGUCUUACUUUUCGUCUUUUCACCAAAAUACUGAAGUGAUUUUUGUGUGAUGAUUGGAAGCAUAUAAAAUGAGCUGUCACACAAGUAAACACGGCCGCUGUUUUAUUCUAGCCUAUGUACUCGUUUGCUUCCAUUAUCCGAAGAUUCAAGCAAUGCGGCCUGAUAGACUGCAGAUCAAAGAAGUGAGAGAUUCGGUUAAGAAAUAUAUUCAUUUUGUCGGGGAUUUGGCAGAUGAUAAGCCACACACUGCGUACGAUUUCAGAGUAAUGAUCAACCAAGAUAAAGCAGAGUGCUUCAUGCAAGAAGUUGAAAACUCGACAGAGUUAAUUUUUAAUUUCCAGGCUUUAUCGCCAUCGACGUUUACUUCAGAUGGGAAAAUAUCAGCUUUUCUGUAUAUUUUAGAGGAUGGAACAAUAAUCAACAACACGAACAGCGUGAGAAGGGGUCAUUUCGAGGUGUUUGCAGACAAACAGGCAACAUACGGAAUCUGUUUUGUCAACAUGGAAUCAAACAGUCUCAUACUUACACAAAUAUCCGUGGAUAUAUAUCGAUAUGGAUAUGUGAGAGCAUUCCGCAAAACUGUGAAUGAUGAAAGUACUCUAAGUAUGGCUGAUAAAAUAUACCGCAUAAUCAGAAGGCUUGGACGAAUAAGAACUGAUACCGUGGAAGUGAGAUCAUCGCUUCGUUACGAUUUUUUAACCACAACAUCCAAUCUUAAUAUGAUCAACAAUUUUUCUGCUCUGUCGGUGUUACUCAUACUGACGAUUUGUGCAUUUCAGAUUCGUGCCGUGAAAAAGAUGUUUGCGGAUAAAUCAACGAUGGUCUGAAACAUUAUUUAACGUGAAUCUUUGGCAUUGUCAACAAUUUUGCUCGAUUCCUAACUUCACAUGGAAAAUCAUGUCUAUCUUAAUUUCAUUUCUGAUCUCUUUGUGAGCAAAAGAAAUAGCGGGACGAAAUGAUGAA